AGUGACGAGAAUAUUACGUUGUUUUUGCUCCUCAAAAAUUUAGUGCUUUUAUGCAGAUUAAGGCAAUAAAAAUUGUUCAAACCUGGUAAUUUAUAUUACCUAGAAACUAGUCCAUAAAUUAGUGGAAAAAGUCUAUGAUUUUCUAGACACAUAACUUUAGAACUAUUUAAAUUCCUUUCUCGGGUCCGCAUGUGAGAAACGUAAACAUUGCGCAAUAUAGCGAAUAUCAAGGCAACCUGCUUACAAGGUUGGUUGCGGUAUUGCCGGCUUGUCGGAUAAAACUGACUAAUUAUGGAAUGCGAUGUUUGUAAAAAAAACAGCUCGCAAAUUGAAAUUUUUGCUUGUGAUGGUUGCAAAACUCGAUUAUGUAGAAAUGAAGUGUUGUCAUUGAUAAAUGCUUCUGAAUACAAGGUUUUGCAGCUUAAAUCAAAGCGGCACUUGAAAUUCUACUGUGAAAAAUGUACUAAAGGUGAAUCAUUUUCUCUAUAUCAAUCACUAAUUGAGGAGAAACAAAAACAUAUUGAAGCUAAAGAGAAGAUUAUCAGUUGUCUGGAAACAAAUAAUAAGGAAUUAUUACAAAAAAUAGAGAUGUUAGAGAAGAAGCUUCAAAAUACGCAGAACGAGAGCAAGGGGACCUUUUCUGUUGUUCUAAUAAAGCCUGUUGAUGAGCAGGAUGGCAUUUUAACCAAAAAGGAGAUUAGGCAAAACGUAGAUCCUUCUAAAAUUGAAGUUUCGAAGUUUAGGCAAAUUAAGGGAGGUGGUGUUGUAAUAGGCUGUUCGGAUAAAAACCAGAUUAAGGAUCUUCGUACACAAUUGGAAAAACAGUUAGGACAAAAAUACACUGUGGAGGUACCAUCUUUGAAAAAACCAAAAAUGAAAAUAGUAAAUAUUAACAAGGAUGAUGUAGGUUUAGAAGACUCUGAUAGUACAAUAAUAGAUUUAAUUGUUAAGUGGAAUAACUUAUUUGACGGGGAAGAUUUUUAUAUGAAAGUUUUAAAAAAAUCGGUAAAUAAUUUUAAAAAUAUAAACCUUAUCCUUGAAGCCGAUUCAAUUACUCAUAACAAAUUAUUAAGUCAAGAAAGGGUCAAACUAGGGUGGUCUAGGUGUCGUGUUUUUAAUCACGUAAGUGUCCUACAAUGUUUUAAUUGCAUGGGCUUUAAUCACUAUGGUAAGGAUUGUAAAUCACAACAAAUCUGCUCAAGAUGCUCUGGCAAUCACUCUUAUAAAGAAUGUAGGUCUAAUGAAAAAAAAUGUAUAAAUUGUAUAAAAUCUAAAAAGCCAAAUGAAAACUUAGAUGUUAGUCAUGAAGCCUUAAGUCGAGAAUGUCCUUGCCUAUUGAGAAUAAUUAGCUUAUAUAAUAAGAAGGUUGACUAUUUAUCUGACUGUGUAUAAAUCUAUUUCAAUAUGAAUAAUAUUAAUAGCAAUAUGUCUGCCAUUCUUAAAAUGGCACAUUUAAACUUAAGGUCGAUUUUUACGGGAUUUCAGGAGUUUGUGGAUUUGGUAAUAGGUAAUGAUUAUGACAUUAUCGCAGUGACAGAAACUUGGUUAACUAAUAACGUCUCGUCAAAUGUGAUUUCUAUAACUGGUUACAAUUUUUAUCGCAAAGAUAGGUCUACUGGCCGAGGUGGGGGGGUAGGAUUUUUUGUUAAAUCUCACUUAAAGGCUGAGAUUCUUAACCUUAAUAUAGGUACAGAUAUAGAUGGUUUUGAAAAUAUGUGGCUAAAAAUUAAUAUAAACAGGGUCUCUAUUACUGCUGGGGUCAUAUAUCGUACUAUGAAUAAUAUUGGGGCUUGUGCAAAUGCACUCGACAAUAUUCUACCAGAAAUAAUAUCAACCUCCGACUAUGUAACGGUUCUAGGGGAUUUAAAUAUUAAUUUUUUUAACAGCAAUAAUCCAAUAUCCGACAUAUUUGAUGUUUUUGGUUUCACUCAGACCAUUGAUGAGGCUACAAGGGUCACUGAUAGAGUAUCAACAUUACUAGAUCCUAUAUUUUUUAGUGAUGCAGAUGCUAUUAUGGAUGUUGGCACCAUCUCUGCUAUCGGGAUAAGUGACCAUAAGUUGGCAUUUUGUAAUAUACGCUUACCAAAUCUUAAAAGAGUCCAGAAAAUAAUAUCAUUCCACAGUUACAAACAUUUUAAUGAAAACCUUUUUAAUACAGAGCUUUUACAAAUACCCUGGGAUAACAUAUAUUAUUUUCCAAAUAAGUACAAUUUCUGACACAGAACCUAAUAAAAUUAUUUGACAAACAUGUACCAAUAAAGACCGUCCGCGUUAAUAAACCCCCAGCACCUUGGCUUACACCAGCUCUAGAGGCCAUAUUAAAGGAACGUGAUAAGGCUAACCUAAAAUAUAAAAAAUCAAAGUCAUUAGCUGAUUUUGAAGCUUAUAAGCGGGCUCGAAACUUUGCACUUGCUUCUAUUCGAAGGGAAAAAAAGGGCUAUUUAAGUUUUUUGGAACAACAAAAAAAUAGUAAGUUACUCUGGAAAAAUCUUAAGAAUAUGAAUGUAAAUGUAAGCUCAAAAACUUCUAAUAGUGAAUUUCCACUUGACUCUGUUAAUCCUGAUAGUGCAAAUGACUAUUUUUGGGUGUAUUUAAAAAAUCAAAUAAAUGUGACCAAAAAAUACAUUUCUAUAACACAAAUAAACUUAAGAACAACUUGCACUUUCAAUUUAAUAUGAUAGAUUCCAGUUCAGUGAAAAAAAAUAUUUAUUCCAUUAAGUCCAAUGCUUCUGGUCAUGACAAUUUGACACUUUUUAUGAUAAAGCUUAGCCUUCCUGCUAUCCUACCUCAUUUGACACAUAUUGUUAAUUCUUGCCUAGAAGCUGGGUAUUUUCCAGAGGACUGGAAAAAGUCCAUAAUUCUUCCUGUUCCUAAGACCAGAAAAGUAACCUGUGUGAAUGCACUUCGUCCCAUAAGCCUGUUGCCUGUCCUAUCUAAAAUUCUUGAAAGAACUGUUCACACACAAGUAUUAAAUUACCUAAAUCUUAAUAAUUUGCUCCCAGUUCAUCAGUCAGGCUUUAGGUCUGGACAUAGUACUACUACUGCUCUUCUGAACUUAACUGACAACAUAAUAAGGGCAUUAGACAAAAAUAUUGCGGUUGUCCUAGUCUCCCUGGACUACUCUAAAGCUUUUGAUCUGAUAGACCAUGAUUUACUGUGUGCUAAACUAAAAUAUCUGGGCUUCGACGAAUGCUCUGUCUCUUUUUUCAGGUGCUACCUGACAGAUAGACAACAGCGCGUACAAAUUGGUAACAAGUUUUCAUCUGCUGAGACUGUGAUAUCUGGUGUACCACAAGGAUCUAUAAUUGGACCACUUUUGUUUCUAAUAUACAUUUUUGACAUUUUCCAGGUAAUCAAAAAUUCAGAUUCACAGUCAUAUGCAGAUGAUAAACAGGUUUUGCAUUAUUUUGACCCCAAUAAACCAGCAGAAGCUGAAGCAUCUCUCAAUGACGAUCUAAAAUCCAUCAAUGAUUACUCAAGAGAACAUAACUUAAAGAUAAAUCCUGAAAAAACAGAGGUACUUCUCUUUUGUUCAGAAAAGCGAAGAAAACUGCUAGAAGGUAGGUUGCACCUGAAACUGGGCGACACAACUUUGGGAUUUUCUAAAAAUGCGAAGAACUUAGGGCUUAUCAUUGAUACUGAUUUAAGGUUCAGAGAUCAUGUGAAUAAGUUACUUCAAAAAAGUUAUGUAAAAAUGAAAGUUCUCUAUGCCAACAGUUAUAUCUUAGACUUUAAUAUUAGGAAAAAACUCUGUGAUUCUCUGGUUUUGCCAAUUUUUUAUUAUUGUAAUAUAGUGUACUACCCCUGUUUAGAUUUAGUGACAAAAAAUAGAUUGCAAGUUGUGCAAAAUAACUGUUGUCGCUUCAUAUUUGGUCUGAGGAGAUAUGAUCAUGUCUCAGCAGAAUUUAAACAAUUAAAUUGGUUAAAUAUGUCGGGUGUGGUAAAGCAUCAUUUUGCUACUUUUCUAAUGAGGUUGUUAAUAUCAAAUAUUCCUGUAUAUUUGAGGGAAAAGUUAGUAUUUCGAACAUUUAUUCAUAACCGUGAACUUCGUUAUGGAAAUCACUUUACUAUGCCACAACAUUAUUCAGCACUCUUUCAAAGAGGAUUUGCCUAUAAUGCAGUAUCUUUAUAUAACUCCUUAGACCCCUAUUUAAGAAAUAUUAGUUUAAACGGCUUUAGGUCUCAGUUUAAAACUUAUUUGUUAAAUUUACAAAAUACUUAGUGUCAUUAUGAAUUAUGUUUACUUUUCACUUCUUUUUUGAUUUAGAAUAGGGAUGGUUAAGUGUAAGAGUAGCCUAAGGCUAAACUUCGCCAUUUGUAUUCUUUAACCUUAAUCUUAUAUGUAUAUACCUAUAAAACAUUUAAAUCUGUGUAAUGUAUAUGCAUGAUUAAUAAAAGACGAUUUAUUAUUA